AUGGGGGCAGCGGAUAUCGCAGAGAAUGGAGGGACCAGCGCCUUUCGGAAACCAGGGAUAGCGAAGCCAAGAGAGAAGAAGGAUUACAAUGGGUUUGUGGCAGGUGUGUUUUCUGGCAUUGCGAAAUUGAUUGGUGAGUUCGAUACAAUCAAGGUGCGGCUUCAGACGACAAAACCUUCACAUUUCAAGGGACCCUUGGACUGUCUGCUACAGACUGUAGGGAAAGAGGGCAUUAGAGCCUUGUAUAAAGGGGCAUCACCACCCUUGAUGGGAUGGAUGGUCAUGGAUUCUGUGAUGCUCGGAUCGUUGACUCUUUAUCGACGUCUCCUUUUUGAGCAUGUCUUUGCUAACCAGCAAAUACGACGUCUGAUACCUUUUGCUUCAAAGGAAGGUCCAGACCGCCUACCAACCCUUGGUCACAGCCUUGCCGGGGUCAUGGCGGGCUCGACGGUGAGCUUCAUAGCAGCACCGGUUGAACAUGUUAAAGCACGACUGCAGGUCCAAUAUGCGGCAGAUAAGAGAAAUCGUUUAUAUAGCGGACCGAUUGAUUGUGCAACAAAGAUUCUUCGCGCACAUGGCCUCCCAGGGCUCUAUCAUGGGCUUUGCGCUACUUUGCUGUUCCGCUCGUUUUUCUUCUUCUGGUGGGGCUCUUAUGACAUUUUCUCCCGACUCAUGAAAGAGCAUACCCAACUUUCUACUCCAGCCAUUAACUUUUGGGCGGGCGGGCUGUCAGCGCAGAUGUUUUGGAUCACAUCAUAUCCUUCCGAUGUAGUGAAGCAGCGAAUAAUGACAGAUCCGUUGGGAGGGAAGCUGGGCGAUGGCGAAAGGAAGUUUCACAGAUGGGGGGAUGCAGCAAUAGCAGUAGGGAAAGAGAGUGGGUGGAGAGGAUACUGGCGGGGUUUCCUGCCGUGCUUUCUGAGGGCGUUCCCGGCAAACGCGAUGGCGUUGGUGGCCUUUGAGGGAGUAAUGAGAUACUUGAGAUAG